AUGACGAAUGACUUUGAUGUUAUAGAUAAUGACUACGUACAAGUACCUAAGAUUAUCAUAUCAAUUCUUCAAGAUCAAGUUGCAGUGAUUAAUAAUUUAUCAAAACAGUAUACAAAUUCAAAAGAUAUAAUUUAUACCGCAAAAGGCGUAGCUUUGUCAAAGAUAAACAACUGGGUUGCUCCUUUUGGUAUAUACAAGGAAACUUGCCAUAGUAAAAUAAAUACUCAAGAUGCUGGGCCAGCAAACGGUACUGGCGACGUAAAAACUCUCAUUGAUGACUCACAAACACGAGAUCAUUCUGUCGGAGGUUUAAUCAUUACCGUAAAUUAUUAUCUACCGGACAACAUGGAUAAAGAACAAACAAUAGUGACUUAUAACGAAGCGACACGUCAAAAUAAUUUAUAUAUCAUAAAUUAUGUCUUUAAUUCCAUUUCAAUUCUAUGCUCGACACUUGUUUUGACGACACGCUUCAAGUUAAAAAAAAUAAGUUUUUCAAAUAGAAUUUCGCUUCGUUUAAUUAUGUAUGUUUCUAUGGCGGAGAUUUUAUAUUCAAUAUCUCAU